AAGCUCCGGUAUUUUUAGUCAGACGUAAUCAGCAGGUUACAAAAUCGGCAUGUGGAGAGGCUGAAGUACGGUUGCAUUCACUAAUAUCACCCGAAAGAGCAAAAACUGAAUGAGGACAACAUGGACAAGAUCGUCAGUCUACCUAACCAGCCGGACAAAACCACCACAGUGAGUUUGGUUGAGAGCAGCAGCGCUCCCAGUGGUGUGGAACUGGUCAGCGCCUACCAAACCACCAGAGUAGGAGACCCCACGGACCUGGUGGCCCUAGCAUCACAAGUACAGAAGGGAGAUGAUUUCAUAAAAGCCAACGCCUGCAACAGACUGACGGUCAUCGCGGAUCAGAUCAGAUAUCUGCAGGAGCAGGCGAGAAAGGUCUUGGAAGAGGCAAAAAGAGACGCUGACCUCCACCACGCUGCUUGUAAUAUUGUCAAAAAGCCAGGCAACAUGUACUACCUCUACCUGCGGCCCUCUGGACAGAAAUACUUCUCCAUCAUCUCUCCUAAGGAAUGGGGUUCAAGCUGCCCUCAUGAGUUUCUUGGCGCGUACAAACUUCAACACGACAUGUCCUGGACCCCGAUAGAGGAGGUGGAGAAACGGGACGCAGAGAUCGCCAUCAUGGACAAACUUCUCAGCCAGCAGACGGCCUUGCCUCCGUACGCAGGACCUAACUUCAAAGGCCUCUCUGAAUGAAAGACUGAUGGGACUGGGUUGAACCAGGCCCAAAAAAAAGGAAAUGGGAUUUUACAGAGGACACAUGGUGGAGGGAACUAAGUCUUAAUGGACAUUAGAAAUCCAGACAUGGAAUUGCUGUUAUCAGUGUCGUUCUCACACUUCCUGGAGUGAAUUAGUUUUCAUCUGCGAACAUAUCAGCUGCUGACGGACACUUCUACUGAAUAAAGUUUUAAAUAUUUUUGCUCGAGAAGCCUCAUAAUGGUCUUACCAUUCAGGCAACAUUCAACACAACAAUUUAAAGCUGUGCAGUUUUCUUUUUCA